UGUCUAUUCUGUUUAUUGUAGCAGCUCCAUUUCACCCAGUCAAAUUCCUGUAAGGUGAUUCUGAGUUCCUUGAAGGAGGAAGAAGGAGGAACGAUUACAGUGACAUCUGGCUCUCAGAAGACACAGGGUGGCGAGUACGUUUCAGUCUCUGUGACAGGAGGAGAGCAGCAUAAGACCCACAGACGGUCUAGUAAUGUGCAGUCUGCUGACACUGGAUGACUGGAAACAGCAGAGAUGAAGGAGCUAUGGAUUAUGGUUGUCUUUGCUACAGUCUCUUUUCAACAGGGGGAUCUCACCACAUCCCCUGCCAUUCCAACCCCCAUUGAAAUAACUAUCCCAACUACUGAUGACCCUAUAACCCCUGACCCUUCAGCUACUGACACUCCAACUACUGAGUCUACAUCUACCGAUUCCCCUUUAACCCCUGACCCUACAACUACUGAUUCCCCUAUAACCCCUAACCCUACUACUACCGAUUCCCCUAUAACCUCUGACACUAUAUCUACCGAUUACACUCUAACCCCUGAAUAUGGAACUACUGAUUCCUCUAUAACCCCUGAAUCUGCAACUACUGAUUCCACUAUAACCCCUGAACCUACACUUACUGAUUCUCCUAUAACCCCUGACCCUACAACUACUGAUUCCCUCAUAACCCCUGACCCUACACCUACUGAUUCCCCUAUAACCCCUGACCCUGCAUCUACUGAUUCCCCUAUAACCCCUAACCCUACAUCUACUGAUUCCCCUAUAACCUCUGACCCUACAUCUACCGAUUACACUAUAACCCCUGACCCUAGAACUACUGAUUCCCUUAUAACCCCUGACCCUACAUCUACUGAUUCUCCUAUAACCCCUGACCCUACACCUACUGAUUCUCUCAUAACCCCUGACCCUACACCUACUGAUGCUGCUAUAACCCCUGACCUUACACCUAUUGACACUCCAACUGCCGAAUACCUAACUACUACUGGUCUUCCAACUACUGGUUACCCUACCUCUAUCCCUAUCACCAAUACCAGUCUCCCAAACACCACGACCACCACCACCACCUCUCCUACCACCUCUACUACCACCACCACCACCACCACCACCACCACCACCACCACCACCACCUCUACCACCACAACCCCUCCUCUGGUCUGUAUCAACAGUGGUGAGCUGCAGAGUGGCGUCUGUAUCUGUCCUGAUGAGUGGACCGGAGAGACCUGUUCAGAGGGGAAUUUCUGCAAUUCCACCAUCAUUGGUCAUUUCUCCUACCCAAGAACAACGGUUGGCUGGUUUGCUUAUUCAGAAGAGUUGUGUGAUGAGAAGACAACCAGUGCCGGUUUACCAAAAGCCUCAGCAAGAUGUUUGAAUGACACUGGCUCUCUGAUGUUCGGUCCUCCUCAUGAACUGCAGUGUGAAUUUACCCUCGGUGACAUUCAAGGAAAUAUCUCUAGCAGUUCAGGUGAUUUACUACAGUUGGCCUUCAGUACUCAGAUCCUGACCUCCCAACCAGAGCAGCUGUCAGCUGACAACAUCACCACAGCAGCUCAGAUAGCUAACACACUGCUUCAGUCUGCAAAUAUCACAGAGGACAUCGCAGUGGCAGCUGUAACCACCAUCAGUCAGCUGCUCAAUGCCAGUGAGGAGAGUACACAGGAGAGAGACGCUGUCCAAAACCUCACAGAGACCCUGGAGAAGUUUUCCCUGGACCAGUACAAUAAUGUGUCAUUGGUGGUUCAGCCCAACCUGGCAGUCCAGUCUGUCCAACUACCAAGUGACUCAGUAGGGAUCCAGUUUACUGCUCUGACUGGAAGAUCUGGUAAUUUUGUGGCCAACAGAAUUCAUCUCAACACCAAUACCUCUGAACUGAUAGCUGACAAAGGAGGUUCUACCGAUGUCCAGAUUGUCAUAAAAUUCCCAUCUGUUUUCCGUAGUAAAAACACAAACAACUCCAUUGGUUUUGUGCUCUACCAAAACGACCGGUUCUUCAAGUCCAGGGCCUUCAGUGCUUCUUCGGGGACCAGCAGAAGGGUCAUCUCUGCUAACCUGGGACAAGUGUCUGGGUUACAUGUUGAGAUGCUCUUCAAGCCCACAGCUGUUCCCAACACCUCCCUCUAUGACUUUGCCUGCGUGUCAUGGAACUACACUUUGAAAGACUGGAGCACCUUUGGCUGCUACAAAGUCAACCACUCAGCAGACGGCCUGCAAUGUUUCUGUAAUCACACCACUAACUUCGCUGUGCUGAUGUCAUUCAGGAGGGAUUAUAAAUACGCUGAUGAGCUAAAUUGGAUCACCAUAUUGGGAUGCUCCAUGUCCAUCAUAGGGUUGAGUUUAACAAUAACAUUCCAGAUGUUGACCAGGAAGUCACGCAAAACCAACCCAACGGUCCUCUUAGUGAGCGUCUGCAUGUGUCUCCUGAUCUUCACCCUCCUCUUCAUGUUGGGAGUGGACAACCCUCAUAAACAGCUGGGCAAACCUAAAAUACAGGAGGACAACAUUCUCCCCCCGUCCGACACACACACAGAGAGGGACAGAGGGCCUUGUACCGCAGUGGCAGUCCUGCUGCAGUACUUCCUGUUGGGGACGUUCACCUGGAACACGCUGUACGCCACACAUGUCUUCCUAAUGAUCAGAAACAGCCUGGCCACCAGCCCGUCACACUUCACAGCCUAUACAAUGGCCAUCGGAUGGGGACUGCCUGCAGUUGUGGUGUCUCUCACCUUAGGAAUUAGUUACAGAGUGGAUGAUCCACUGGGAUACAGGCAGGAGGAAUUUUGCUGGCUUGCUGCCCUCGAUCCAAAGGGGAACUUUGACUUCAAGCUGCCAAUGUUUUGGGGGUUCCUGAUACCUGUGGCGUUCAUGCUUAUCUUCAACACAGUGGUGUUGGUAUGUUUUACAGUUACAACAGCCAAGACCAACCCACAUUUAACCAGUACAAGACACACAUCGAUGAAGAAGAAGUUCCUCAGUAGCUUCUCUCUGGCUGUGGUGCUCGGUCUCUCCUGGAUCCUGGGCUAUCUGUUGCUCAUUCCACAGAACCAGACCAUGUACACCAUACUCAACAUCUCCUUCUGUGUUCUCACCACCACUCAGGGUUUGCAGAUUUUCAUUCUGUUCACCGCAAGAACAUCAAUUGUCAAGAAAAUGAUGGCAGAUGCUUUGAAAUCUGUCUCUAGUGUUGAGAUCCCACGUCACACCAAGAGGUUCAGUCUAUGGCGAGGCAAGCGCAGAGAAAAGGUUGAAUCAUACACACAGCUGGACACUAUUCUGUCAACACAUUAACACCUUAACUGCCACAUAAAAAGUAUUUUCCUGAAAAAAUUGUAUUUCACCUUAAACUAGAAGCUAUUAUAUGAUAGCCUGCACCAUCUGCACCAGCAGUAAACAAAGGGGUUAGCAUAUUUCAACCCUGCAGGCACUUCACAAAACGCUGAAAUAAAAUAUAAAACAUGCAUUACCUUUGACGAGCUUCUUUUGUUGGCACUCCAAU